CGCCAAGCGCGGAUCCGAUUAGCGAGCGAGCCUGUCUCUCAACUAGUUAGCGCCGCAGCAACCUCCAGAGCUUGCGUCAUUGCAGCAUUGACGACUCACUUACAUGACGGUAGUGGACAUUUCUUUAGCUGCCGGCAGUGGCGCAGUCUCACCCGCUCUUCCGUAAUAACCUCACCUCACCUCACCUCGACUCGGCUCACUUCACCUUCAGGCCACUUCUCCUCACGUCACACCACGUCACAGACAAGCAUGCCCUCCUCCGACACCUCCUCCGAAUUCGAGCUCGACCCCGUCGACGAGGCAUCGUCCUCCCUGUUAACCUCCCCCGACGCACCCCUCACGAGCGCAACGCCCACGCUGCCCAAGUGGUACCGGCCCCCUCGCUGGCUCACCACCGACGACGCAUCACCCUUCUUCUCAUUAUCCUCCAUAUCAUCGUUAUCGCCGCGGACAUGGUGGUCGACAACGCGGUGGUCGCAGCACCGCGUCCCGCGCGCUGCCGCCCGCGCGCUGCGCCCACGCCUCACCUGGCGCUACGUGCUCCUCUCCCUACUCCUCCUCUACGUCUUGGUCCGCGCCGUCGUCCUGCGCCGCCCGCUGCUCGCCUCCCGCCUACCCGCGUACACGGGCCCGCAUGCCGUCGGCGCCGUCGACGUCGAGGUCCCGCUCGCCGACGGGCCGCGCCUCCUCUCCAACGCUACCUUCAAGGCCACCGGACGGCCCGCCUUUGAGCUGCAGUCGGUGCUUUUUACGCUCUACUAUCCCGUCGCCGCGGGGGAUGCCUCCUCCUCUUCUUCCUCUUCUUCUUCCUCCUCCGCCUCACGCAACGACCAAACGACGUCGCCGUUGUACUGGAUCCCCAAGCCCGUGAGCCUCACCGCGAGGGGCUACGCCCGCUUCGCGCACGUCGACAACUUCCUCGUCCGGCCCGUCUUCACCUUCUUCCUGUGGCUCCUCGCUGGCGGCAUCACCGUGCCCGCGCGUGUCGACGCCCCGCUGCUACCCGUGGACGACGCCGCAGCAGCAGCAGCCACUGACGCGGUAUCGCUCCUGGGCAAGAACGGGCGGCUUCCCGUCGUGCUCUUCUCACAUGGCGACGCCUCGUCCCGCACCGACUACACGAAUUACCUCGGCGAACUAGCCUCGCGGGGCGUCGUCGUCGCCGCGCUGGAGCACCGCGACGGCAGCUGCCCGGGGACGCUCGUCCGCCUCCCCGGCGAGCCCGACCGCGAGGUGCUGACCUUUCGCGCCUCGGAGCUGGUCGCCCCCGUCGGUGACGUUGACGAUAGUGAUGGUGAUGAGGAAGGCGGCGGCGGCGGCGGUGGCGGUGGCAACCUCAAAAGGGGCCGGCAUCGUAGUAGCAGGAGCCUUGAUGAGGGCAAGCUGCAGCCCGUCGACAGCAAACGCUUCCUCUUCGACCAGCUCGAGUUCCGCAACGCCGAAAUGUUCCAGGCGCUCCACGUCCUACAGGCCCUCCACGCCGGCAACGGCAGCUCCCUCGCCAGCCUCAACACCCGCCGCGGUCACGGCGGCGGCGGCACCGUCGCCUUCCCCUCCUUCGCCUCCCGCCUCGACCUCUCGCAGCUCGUCAUCGCGGGCCACUCCCACGGCGCCACCCUCGCCCUCAAGUCCCUCGUCGACUCCCCGCUGCCCGCCCGCGGUGGCAUCGCCCUCGACCCGGGCAAGUCGUCGGGCGACCUCGACGCCCGCUCCCGCGCGCCCCUCCUCGUCGUCCACUCCGACUCGUGGUCCCGCGCCCGCACCGUCUUUUUCCCCGACCGCCGCCCCCACUUCGAUGUCGUCAAGGACCUCGUCCGCGCCGUCCUGCGCCGCGCCGGCGCCGCCUGGUUCGUCACCAGCCUCGGCACCUCCCAUCCGAGCGUCUCCGACGCGCCCCUCAUCGAGCCCUGGAUCCUGAGCUGGACCACCGGCGCCCGCAUGAACACCAAGGAGGCGCUCGAGGAGUACGUCCGCAUCUCCGUCGACUUCAUGUACUUUCUCAGGACCGGCCGCGCUAGGGCCCUCCUCGCCGAGCCCGUCACGCAUCAUGAGUACGAUGAAUGGGUGAGCGACGACCGCAAACAAGAGUUUCCCAAAGCCAUGGCGAGAUUAUGGGAAGUUCACGUCAGUCCAGCCAUUGACAAGUCAUGAUUCCUUUACAUCAUUACCAUGACUCGGCGCUCUUGACCCGAAGCUGCCAUACAUACUAUUUGCCACACAGCCAUGGCCAGGCUCUCUCUGGCUGGCCCCCUCUACGAUACCCUGAUGAAGCUCACAUACAAUAAUUAAACAAUAAUUCAUCUGUGCUUCUCGUCUCGUCAUCGGUGCCAAUCCCCGCCUAUAUAUAUGCCGCCGAAUCGUCACUCUCGGUACCCGUCUUGCUGCCCUUAAUGCGCUUUCGACGACUGCUCAAAAACAAAUCUACCAUGCGUUUGCUCCCCAACUUCUGUGCCUCCCAAUCCGUCUGUUCCUUGUCGGAGACGCUCGGGCUCUUUGGGCGCGACUGAGGACUCCCAAGAUAUAGAACUCUAUCAUCAUCGAGACCGCGCCUUGUGAGGUCGCCUGUCGCUUUUCCAAAUUGUUCCUUAAAUGCUGCCGUAAGCCCUGGGCUUGACUUGGCCGGCGACAACUUGCCAGCCCCUAGACGGGCCCGUGCCCGCCGGCUCGAUAGUUGCUCCUCUCGAGGCGAAGUCGCGAGCGCCAUAGCAUUCAGAGAACGCAUCCUCGGCAACAUGGCUGUUGUUCGUCUAUUGCUUGCCUCGUUUGCACCGAGACUCGGCAGCGACGGCACAGUCCGGAGACAGCUCCUCAAUGGGACGGGCGGUGGCCUGUCGCUACCUCCAUGGUGCACGCGACUGCACGAUUCCGGAGGCGAGUUUUCGUCAGUCCCCCUAGACUGCCCUUGUCUGGUGUCUAUGAACGUUUGUGUCUUGCACAAGUCAUUGCUCUGCCUUAAUGGAGUCGAAUCUCCCUUGCCUGCUGAGAGGGCCCCCUCGGACUUGACCAAGUCACCUGGAGAGUCAAUCUCCGCGCGCUCUCUGACAUGCCCAGUCAGGGGUAGGCUCCCCGAUACGUCGUACUUUGCCUCUGCGUUCAGUGUUGUUGAGGGAGUUUCCAGCUUCGAAACGUUCGCGCUCAGCCAUGUCUUCCACUCCAUGGAGCUUGCUUCGGAGAUGUCUCGGCUAUGGAGCAAUUCAUGCUUACAUGCUGCGUGCUUUGCAAUAACCAAAGCGUCUCCAUGGUCAUGUUUGGUCGGCGGCGACGUUGCAAGCGCUUCCUCGCUCGUUCCAGUAUCAAUGUCGUCUGUGGUACACGAGUAGGAGCUUUCCGCAUACAUCUUCUUGAGGUCCUGCUCCGAGCCGACUGUGCUCGGAUGUCGAGAUGGGAGGCUGAGGGCAGACAGCGUGCUCAGGUAUCUGGUGUCGAGGGCAUGUGUGUAGCCCGACUCUUGCUGGUCCUUUAUCGUUUCCCGCAGAGCGCGACGGUAGGGACUGGCAGCUCGAAAAAAGGGACCUGUCGGACUGCCCAAGGAUGCGUAAGUGUGUGCCACACUUCUGGGCUGCUCCACAUACGACGGCCUGGCUCUGUUAGGGGUCAAGCCGAGACCGUCUCCCGCUGUCGGAUUGGGAUACGCUCGGUAAGAAGCCAUGCGAACCAGGUUUGUUUUGUCCAACCCCGAAUAAUGUGCCUCUGUCACUUCUCCAUCCGCUUUAGGCGUGUCUUGGAACACAUCGUCGUCCGACUGGACGUGCCUGAUUGUUGGAGGGGACCAGCUAUCGCCAUGCUCGACCGAACUGCUUCGGAGUGGCACGAAAUUGCGCAUCUCGACCUUCUUGCAGCUAUUUUCGCCGUCAUUCUGCCACUUCUCACGGAGACGCUGUAGCAAAGCAGAGUAGACUUGUUCGUUAGUACUUAGGGUGUCUUGGUACCCUGACGUGAGCGCUGCAGGUCGACUGCAUUGUCUCGCAGAUGACGGAACAUGCAUGCCGUUUUCUUUAAUGACAGAAAGGCGCUGACGCUCCCAUUCCGCAUGCGACGCAGCGCUCGCCACCGUGUUGGUAGAAUUUGUCCAACUUGUGACGCGAGAUUUAUCGUCGGAUGUCGCGUGCUGCUCCAACGUGUAGCGAUGGCACAUGGGACGGAACUAUCGACACAGACGCCUCCUCCGGCUCCUCAGCACUGAUCCCAAUAAUGCAACUCUCGGUUUCGGACGCCGGCUGUUGGGGAAAGUGAAUGCCAGGUCCAACGGCAUCGUCAGCGCUGUGUGGCUUGCCGAAAAGCCCCUUGAAUCUGCACUGUUGUCGCUGCUGUUGCGGAGCGAUCUGGGCAUCCCAAUCGAUGUUUCACAACGACGAUGCUUUGACCGAAAGAAUAGGGAAGGGUGCCUCCGCAGGCGUGUUCGAGAAGCGCUUCGCCAUGCGGUAUGUCCCGGAAUUAUUGAGCUAGUAACUCCAUUGUUCACCCGGCUGCUUGACCAAGAAUGUUCGGUGCCACGCAGAAAGCUCAUUGACUUGGGAGCUCGAAGACUGUGCCCUCGGAAGUGGCGUGCCUGUGCGUUCUCCUUGUCGUCGCUGCCAUCCUGAGCAGCAGACAGCCAGGUGUCAAGUCGAUCAUCUGGAUCGUCGCUGGUGUCAAAAUGCGAUGUGGUCUGAAGAGCGGUGAUCAUGGAUCUGGACUUUCGUAGCCUCCCCAUCGAGUACGGUUCGGCCCCUAGGCCACGUUGAGGUGACAAGCCCGGAUCGCCCUCGCCGUUGGGAGAGAUACCCCCAGCACGAACAACACCAGGGUUUCGCGCAUAAUCCGACAAUGCGAGCUUCAGCUUUUGGUGCGAUCUGCAAGGUUCGGCCUCAUAUAAGGCCUUAUGAUGGGCAAGGGAUGCCUCAUUCGCUCUCACGGCCAAGGGCUUGCGUGGUCGGGCGUUCGGCCCUGCGAACCUGAUACUCUGUUGCUUCUGCAUGUUACAAUGGCCGACAGAGCUUUGCGGUCUCGGUCUCGCGGUAGCGUCCCUAAUACGAUCCGUCCCACAGGCGACAGUGUUGCUCCGGGUCAGCGUACAGCCGGUCGUAUCCUUCGAAGGCGACGGCACGUCGCGACUGCUUUUGCUCUGUCGUGCCUGAGCCCGGUCAAAUGAAAGCUUUGCGGCAACUAGUGCGUCCCGCUCCGCGUCUGAGGGUUCGAUGACGGUGAGGCUGGUGAAGAUGGAGUUGGCGGACUUGCUUCGGACGAGGGGGCGUCGCUGCUUGCUGCGGGAGCUGUUGCGACGCAGCAUUGCCGUACUAGCAACAGAAGCGGACCGUCGGCGUCAACCAGAAUCGUUGCUUAUACUAGCGGAAACUUUUUAGAAAUCGGGCGUGUAAGUUGUGCUGGGAUAGUAGUGAGGCUAUUCGAAACGGGCACACGGUUGAAGCGGCGUGGGCGAGCUUGAAAGGGACAGUUGAGGGGCAACAAGGGGCGGGCAGACGUGGUAAGCCAAAUCGCGCCCAUCGUUCACGGGCAGGAGGGAUGGGCGAUGAAGCUCCUGCCUGCCGAUGGGCAAGGACGGACGAGGUCGCAUCCGAGCUGGCAUUGUGAAGAAGGAGCGAUGGCGGAUGCUGGACGCCCACAGUACUUGUCUCGUGUCUCCCAUGGGCCCCAAGAAAGGCGACCCUCAAGCGCAUCAACAAGCACAGGUCUAGGGGGUGUGGCAACGCUGUAUCUACACAAUGAAAAUG